GACGCGCACCGGCGCGGGGUCGCGAGCGGGCUGAGUGAAUUCCUAAGAAGAAAAUAAUGGAUUGCGUGUUCAUUGUUCUCUAAGGGUUUGGACUGUGCAGUGUGCAGCUGUGUUGCAGAGGCCAGAAGAAGAUGGCGACUCCUUUUGUGCCCGUUCCUAUGCCCAUAGGGAAUGCUGCUUCCAGUUUUACAACCAACAGAAACCAAAGAAGUUCUUCUUUUGGCAGUGUCUCAACAAGCUCAAACUCUUCCAAAGGCCAUUUAGAAGACUCAAAUAUGGGUAAUUCUAGACAGACAAGUGUACCUGAUCAAAUGGAUAGUACCUCAUCUAUCUGUAGCAGUCCCCUCAUUAGGACUAAAUUUACAGGUGCAGAUUCUUCCAUUGAGUAUACUGCUAGACCAAGAGAAAGUGAAGAACAGAAUCCUGAGACAGGAAAUUUGGAAGAUAGGCCUUCUACACCUACCAUCCUGGGUUAUGAGGUGAUGGAAGAAAGAGCUAAAUUUACUGUAUAUAAAAUACUAGUAAAGAAAACCCCAGAAGAAAGCUGGAUAGUUUUCAGGAGAUACACUGACUUCUCUAGGCUUAAUGAUAAAUUAAAAGAGAUGUUUCCAGGCUUUCGAUUAGCACUUCCACCAAAACGCUGGUUCAAAGAUAAUUACAAUGCCAACUUUUUAGAAGAUAGACAAUUAGGAUUACAAGCUUUUCUUCAAAAUUUAGUAGCUCACAAGGACAUUGCCAACUGCCUUGCAGUAAGAGAAUUUCUUUGUCUGGAUGAUCCACCAGGUCCAUUUGAUAGCCUAGAAGAAAGCAGGGCUUUCUGUGAAACUUUAGAAGAGACAAACUACCGUUUUCAAAAAGAACUACUUGAAAAACAAAAAGAGGUGGAAUCACUGAAGAAACUGCUCAGUGAGCAGCAGCGUCAUAUAGACGCUCUGGAGAACAGAAUCCGAACACUGUCUUUAGAACCUGAAGAAUCACUGCACGUGUCAGCAAUAGAAGACGGACAGAUCCUAAAGGUGGAGUCCUCUGCGCUGGAGGUUGAUCAAGAUGUCUUGGAUGAAGAAUCUGGAGCUGAUGAUAAGCCAUGCUUAAAUUUUGGUGAACCUGAGAAUUCUCUAUCUGAGAUAGAAGUAGCAGAAGUGGCAUAUAGUGCUGAAGAAGACUAAUACACCACAAGCAGUUCCUUCCAUUUUUACAUUUCAGCAAAUGUAGAACAGAAUGGCAAAUAUUUGAAAAGAAAAAAAGACUGAAGCAUUUACAGAAAACAACAAGAAUGCACAUGUAUCAAGUUUACAUAAAGAAAAGGUUUUUUAAGUUAUGGGGAUAGGAAGUCUAUUCACUGCUGCUUUAAAGUGUCUUUUAUCCAACCUUCGUAGUCAAUACACUAAACAAAAAUCUAGAUAGAGUUCUGUUAUCAAGGCCCACAUUCUUAAAUACUGUGCAUAAAUUAUUUUGGUGUUCUAACAAUGUAUUGCUCCAAACUAACCUGUGUGCAUGCAUACACCUGUGUGUGUGUUUAAAUCACCAGUUAUAUUAGUCAAAUGGAAAUUAAUUGCAUGUUGCUGCCUGGUUGACAUAUACUUCUUCGUAUCUCUGACAUGAUAUAUUUUCAUUAAUGGUUAAAAUCAGUGGUAAAGCUGAAUUGAGUUUUAAAUAUUGACAUAUUUACCAUCUCUAAAUAAAAAUUGCUUAUUUGGAAUGUUACUGUUAUUUAAAAGAGGAUAACUUUCUAGUACCAAAGGAAAACUAUUUGAAAGACCUGUAAUAACACAGCUAAAGUGAUAAAAUAGCUUGGAUUUUAAAAGCUAAUUCAGUAAUAUCAAAAUAGCCUGUGUCCAGUUUAUUAUAAUAUGUUAUACUUGUUUAUUUUCCAGGUAGUCUUUAUCUUAAAUCUCUACCUGUAGAAUUAGUGAGUUUGCCUCUCAGGACACUACCUCUUUUUGCUAAUCAAGGCAUACUCUUUCGAAAAUAUAUUAUAGAUUCUAAGCAAAUAGAGAGUUAUACAAAAAAAAUAAAAAGCCAUAUAUACUACAAAGUUCCUAACUA